AUGCGCAUCCUUUCACUUGCUUUCCUCUCUGCUGUCACAGCUUUCGCACCUCUUACCAGAACAUCAUUCCGAUCCACCAUCAGUCUAGAAAUGGGAAAGUCACAAGACGAAUUGAAGAAGGAAGUCGGAUACAAGGCCGUCGAUGAUUACGUCAAGAGUGGUAUGGUCGUUGGACUUGGAACUGGUUCCACUGCAUACUUCGCCGUCGAAAGAGUUGGGCAAUUGCUAAAGUCUGGUGAAUUGAAGGAUAUUGUCUGUAUCCCCACUUCUGUCCGCACUAAGGAGCAAGCAGAGAGCCUCGACAUUCCCCUAGUUACUCUUGAUACCCACUCCAACUUGGAUGUUUCCAUUGAUGGAGCGGAUGAAGUUGACCCUGACUUGAACCUUGUCAAGGGAGGCGGUGGCGCUCUUUUGAGAGAAAAGAUGGUUGAGAUCAUGUCUGAGAAGUUCAUCGUCAUUGUUGACGAAUCCAAGCUUACCGAUGGCCUUGGACCUGGAUUCCCAGUCCCUGUCGAAAUCACUCCAUUUUGCCACGAGCACACUAUGCGACAAGUCGCUGGGCUUGCAUCUUGUGAAGGAUGCAAGCCUGUACUACGUAUGGGGUCCUCGUCUUCCAAUGUCAAUGACGGGGAUGAAAUUGCAGUCACUGAUAACGGAAACUACAUUGUCGAUCUUCAUUUCGAUACACCAAUCAAGGAUGCCCGCAAGAUGGCCGAAGACGUUAAGAACGUCUGCGGUGUCGUUGACCAUGGUCUUUUCUGUGAUAUGUCCACUGUUGUUAUCAUCGCUGGUUCUGAUGGUGUCAGUGUUAAGAAACCAAAAGCAUAA